AUGCAUCUUCAUUCUCGUCUAUUCACCUCUGGUCUCUAUGGAGUAUCCUCAAGCUCUGGCGGUCCAGGUCUCUCGAGAGGCGCCAUUAUAGGCAUUGUUGCCGGUGCGGUUGCCGUGGUGCUAGUUAUGAUAAUUGUUACCGUGUCGCUUGUGAGGAAACGCAGCAUGCUAAAUCAGGAAAAUAUACCGCAGAAGUAUCCGCCUAACCAGUAUGUUCCGCAGAUGAUCACUACCCGUCGAGGAGUAUUAUACCAGGCCCAGCCUCCUCCACAUACUAGUGCUCCGGAUUAUCAGCCGCCGUCGGUUCCUCCUCCUACUUAUAAGGAUACACGGGGCGAUGGAACGCAGCUUGUUGCGUAG